AAGACGCAGAUAACAUGCAGGAGGAGGAGGAGGAGGAGGAAGGCACUCUUGGAUGUUCUUCUGAACAUUCAAUAAGAAGUUGCGGUAGAUCAAGGACAGAUACAGGAUACCUUUACCCUCCCAGAGAAGUGCAGCAUCCUCUCCCCAAUGUAAAUAAACCUCCGCCUAACUGGCUAGGGUAGCGCCCCUGUUGGGAAGAGUCCUGGCUCCCCUGACUCUUAACCAUUCUGCAAGAGGCGAGGAAUGAUGGAGAUAAGCAGUGUGGAAGUCAGCGGAAGUACCCGGGGAGUGGAACGGCCCACGGCAGCUAUUCCCCACUGUCGAAGGCCCUGUUUGCGGGGAAAGGGGCUGUCAUGCCAAGGCCUUGUUCUGCUGCCUCAUCAGUGCGCCAGAAUAUGCCGUGAGUAGGGAAGGGACGGUGCGAAGCACCAAGGACACCCGCGGACUCUGCAAGUCUUCUUCCAUCAACAGAGCAGAGUCUGAGGACUCACAACUGAGGCGUGAAAACCGGGGCAAGUGCUGCCCCCCUUCCUCAGGCAUGGGCCAGGAUGCCCAUCACUGUACCCGCCCCACCCGGCCAGCUUCCAGCAUCCUCAGAAGUCCUGGAGAGGAGAAAAGGCUCCCUGCCGAUUCCUUCCCUCACCCCCAGCCCCACCCGGAGCAGCAGGGGACGGGACGAGAUCCAGGCAUCCUUCCUGCCCCGGAUCCCAAGGCACAGUAUCACAGGGGGACGUGUCCUUAAGUUUCAAAACCGACCACAACAAUACAUGAAGCUCAGCAGAGCAGUCACCAACUGAUGAAGACCUAGCAAGACUUAAAGGAUAUUUGCUGACUGCAGUCUGACGAUGGACGAACAGCACCCACAAGUUCAGGAAUGGACUCCUUCAACAAAUGAGGCGCAAGUCAGUCCGGAGUGGUACUCCCAGGAAUAUGAGGCAUCACCGCCAACUCUGCCUGAGCUGUGUGAAAAGGCAGCCAUCCGCACUGUGGCACACAUCUACCUCCCAGUAAUGGCCGUCCUGUUCUGUGUGCUGGGUGUCCUUGGCAACGGCAUACUGUUGCUGAUCCGUGCCCGUUAUCACAGAGUCCAGUCUCUCAGUGAUGUCCUUCUCUUGCACCUGGCUAUCUCUGACCUGCUGCUGCUCCUGACAUUGCCAGUGGGUGUGGCUGGGGUGAUUGACAGCUGGCGCCUGGGCACUGCCACUUGCCAUGCCCUGCAGGGCUUCCAUGCCCUUACUUCCUACAGUGGCUUCCUGUUCCUCAUGGGCCUUACCAUGGACCGCUAUGUUGUGAUUGUGCGGGCCCCCAUCGCCCACCGCCUGCGCCCUGCUGCCACCUGCUGGGGCAGGCUGGGCUCAGGGCUGGUGUGGCUGCUGUCUUCUGCUCUAGCACUCCCCCAGUUUUUGUAUGCCCGCGUUGAGGACUACCAAGGUUUUCAGCUGUGCAGGGUAGCAGUUGUCACAACUACUGUGAGCCUGCUACAAGUGAUUAUUGGCUUUGCACUGCCGUUUACAGUCAUGGUGGUCUGCUACACAGCAAUUGCCCGCACUCUUCUAUCCUCUUCUUGUGCUCAGUCCCACAAGGCCUUGUGGCUGAUCUUGGCCCUGGUCUUGCUCUUCCUAGCUUUGCAAUUGCCCUAUGCACUACUCACCUUACUGGACACAGCUGAUUUGAUGGGGCAUCAGGCUUCAAGAUGCACAGUAAUCCUCCGCCGGGACCUUGCCCUCCUAAUCACCAGUGGCUUGGCCUUUGCUCGCUGUUACCUAAACCCGGUGCUUCACGUCUUCCUGGGUGUUCGCUUCCGUAGGGACCUGCAACAGUUGACUAGGGAUGCUGGCUGCCUGGGGCAGGGACCAUGCUGUGGCAAAAGGUCCAGGAGUGGCAACUGGCAAGCAUCAUUCACCACCCACCUGGAAGGAACAUCAGGAGCACCAUGAAGAAAUGGCUACUGGCCACCUGGCAUGGGUUUUGUAAUUUGGGAGGCCUGCCUUUGUACUCAUGGGUGCAUUUAUUUUACUUACAGCAUGCUCCAGGGCUCCGGACAAGCUUGUCUGCUUAGAUUGUGAGCCUUUGUGACAGGAACCUGUCGUCUCACUCUGUGUAAAGUGCCAUGUCCAUGAAUGGUGCUAUAGAAAAUACUGUCAUGAUUAUAUCCCAUCACUUCUUUUCUACUUCUUUUGACAAUAAAAGCUUCUAAUUAGG